GUACAGUGUACAGGCCGGAAUGUAAACACCAUGGCUGCUGCUCAUUUUAAAAUUACUUUGUUAGAGUAUGCCUGCAAAUGCGUUGUCUCUAUCUUUUUGGAGUCAAACGGUUGUGCAGAGUUUGACAGUGAAAUGACGGGUUACCUAAAGGUGAUUGCAGCAGUGGCACCUACAUGUAACUGCUCAAAUUUGAGCACAAAACAGCAGAUGUAUGUGAAAUUGGCUGAAAUUUGUUCAAGAAUACAAAAGCAAACAUUAUUUAUUGAAAAGGGACAUUGUUUUAUUGAUUUGGUAAAAAGUUGCUGUGAUGCUCUCUAUUCAUUACAAGAUGUAGAGGAAAAAAAUUAUUUGGCUGGCUAUUCUGAAAUGACAAAGACCCUUGAUCAGCUCACCAUGACACCCUGCCCACCAAAUACAAAUGUUGAAGAGUACAUCAGUGACGUGAAGUUACAGAUACAAACAAUUGUUGAUAAGAUAGGAGAAACAUUUUUAGAUAAGAUGUAUGUUCUCCUGAAAGAUGUAUGCAAUGAAAACAUAUAUGGAACAUCUGGUUUCCAGUGGAAACACCAAGCAGGGCCUAACCUGAAUGAUUUUGAAACGUGAUAUUUUAAAAGCCAAAUCAAACCUUGUCUUUAGAAGUAUCUAGAUAUGAAAUAUAAAUAAAAAAUAGAUCCAUUGAGAGAAAAACCUAUUGAUUAAUUAUUCCGUUAAAAGUAUGAUUUUUUAUGAGAAUAUUAAUUCAAUCCAGCUAAAAUUUUGUCUCCUUGGAAUGGAAACCAAAAUCGAUCAUCUUAUCAUUACCGUUUUAACUUUUUCCUAGAUGGACGAUUAAAAAAUUUUGAUAGAAACAACACCCAAUUAUUUCUGAAUGCAAAUCUGUAAAGUAAAAGGCAAUCAUCAUAUUUUUACAACACUCAAUGCAGCCUUGUUUCCCCAAUGUUUUCCUUUACUCUUCGUAUUCUUCCAUGCUGAUAUAUAAAAGCUAUGGGUUGUGAUGAUCAAGCGUCCAUGGAUGGUUCCGUAGUUGACAUCUUCAGGGCUGCUCCGUCUGAAAGUGUAGAAGCUAGUUCUAUCACCUUUAAUCUUUGACUUGUUAUCUGUUUUAUGGAACACGAAAUUUCAACAUACGUUUUUAGCAAUUGUUUAACAGUUAUUCUUAAAUGCAAUAAUCGAUUAUCUUUCUAAAAUGCACUUUAUAUGUAUGAUAGCUCAAUUUAUACUUUGUUUAUAACGCAAACUGAUAUUGUGUACAUAUUAUUGUAAAAAUUUCAGUUUAACAUUUUUCUUUUAUACUGUUAUGUUAUAUUAAGAUUUAUGUUCUAUCGUUACGUUUUUUUUAGGUUUAGGCUAUGAAAGUCAUUUUAUAAUUCUAACAAUUAUGCUCAACGUGACGUAUUUUCAAGAGCUGUAGGCGUAUAGCUGAUAAAGAUGAUGAGAACGCUUCGUUAACUGAACUUCCCUAUUUGCAAUAGGGAAUGUCUGCGAGAAUAAAGUAUUGUCAGGCAUAAGCCAAUAUCUACGUAUCUUGCUGACUUGUUCUCGAAUCUGUCUAUUUACUUAUGUUUUGUGCAUCUUAAUCAUAGUCUGGUUCACGUUAGACUAUUUUAGCUUUCUGCAGGUAAGAAGCUCGGAUCUACUUUUCCACAACAGCGCUAAGUACAAUUUUAGUAUCUAUACCUAAUUAAUUUCUCCCUCAUUUUUAACUUUGUUGAUAAAGUGCCUAGCAACAUAGGAUAGCUCAACCAGUACCCGUUGGAUAAAUUAUUUUUCAAUGAUUAGAUCAUGCUUGCCAUGAAAAUUCUGCAGUGGCAAGUUCGUAUUUUAAAAGGAGAUGAAAAAAGUCUGAAAGGAAAUAGAAUAAUAAUUUUCAAUGAAAAAGACUUCAUUUGGCGUUUUUUUUUGUUAUUUUUAAGACAUUCCUCUAUUGUCCUCUUCUUGUUUGAGAACAGUCGGAAUAUGAAAUGUCAGAGAUUUUUAUUCUCGUGAAUUUUAUCUUUGUAUUUAUACUUAUGUAUGAACUGAAUUUUUAAUAUCAUCUUCAUUAUACUGUCUAGUUGAGCUGCAAUCUAGAAGAUUGUAUAUAAAAAAUAAUGUUGGUAUUCGUUUUCAACAUUGAAUUUAUUUUUUUAGUUUUGCUUGCAAACUUUCUAGCCACGCCACGGCGCUUGUCCAAUCGAAUUUUGAGAGUGAUUGAAAAGACCUCAACAUAUUAGGGAAGUAGCUAUAACUCCUCUUCAGGGAGUCUUUUAGGAAAUUUCAUAAUAUCGCGCAGAUUUAAGAAAGAUAACAUCGGUUGUGUUUUGUUACUUUAAAAUAGAAUGGCAGUCAAAACCGCUUCUACUGACUGGACUGGACAGCGAAAAACUGCUAGUGCUCAUUUUUAACA